AUGCGCGCGCGCGUCACGCCGCGCCGUGCCACGCCGCCGCGGCGCCACCCGCCGCCCGGUGGGCGGGUGGGCUGGCCACCGCCGCAGGGUGGCCGGGUGGGCCGGCCACCACCGCCGGCCACCCCGCCGGCCGCCGGCCACCGGCCGGCCGGACUCCGGUUAUAUAGGGGGAAGGCAAUUUUUUUCCCCCCAUGGGCGGCGCGCGCGCGCCCAUGCGCGCGCGCGUCACGCCGCGCCGUGCCACGCCGCCGCGGCACCACCCGCCGCCCGGUGGGCGGGUGGGCUGGCCACCGCCGCAGGGUGGCCGGGUGGGCCAGCCACCACCGCCGGCCACCCCGCCGGCCGCCGGCCACCGGCCGGCCGGACUCCGGCGAGCUCCGGCCGGACUCCGGCGAGCUCCGGCCGGACUCCGGCGAGCUCCGGCCGGACUCCGGCGAGCUCCGGCCGGCCUCCGGCGAGCUCCGACGUGCCUAA